UCUAUGAAUAAUUGGACAUCAAGAUUCAAGAUGAAAGAUUUGUCAUCCUUUAUUUUUCCCAAUUCAGCGAAAAAUCAGUAAAAAAAGGUUUACGCAAAAAUACCUAACUUCUGCGAGAAAAAAAAAACGACCAAGCUUAUAUUGCUUGAUUCACUUCCAAAAGAGAAAAAUGCGGCUAAACGUAGACGGACUGUUGGUUCAUUUCCCGUAUGAUUAUAUAUACCCAGAACAGUUCUCCUACAUGUUGGAGUUAAAGAAAGGACUGGACGCUCAUGGACAUAUUUUACUGGAGAUGCCCUCAGGAACCGGAAAGACAGUAUCACUGUUGGCUCUUAUAGUUGCCUAUAUGCACAACAAACCAACAGAACUAACCAAACUUAUAUAUUGCUCCAGAACAAUCCCUGAGAUUGAGAAGGUUCUAGAAGAACUAAGAAAGCUGUUAAACUAUUACAGAGAUGAGGUUUCCGAACCUGUCAACUUUGUGGGGUUGGCUCUUAGUAGUAGGAAGAAUCUUUGUAUUCAACCAGAGGUGAGAGGAGAGAGGGAUGGUAAGGUGGUUGAUGCUAAAUGCCAUGCUCUCACAGCUCCUCAUGUCAGAGAACGGCAUACUGAUGAUAGUUCUGUACCCGUGUGUUCCUUCUACGAACAGUUUGAUGCAGGGGGCCGGGAUACUAUGCUUCCAACAGGUGUAUAUAAUCUGGAGGAGCUAAGAAGUUACUGUACAGAGAAGGGUUGGUGCCCGUAUUACUUUGCAAGAUGGGCCAUUCAACAAGCAAACAUUGUUGUGUACUCCUACCAUUAUCUUCUAGAUCCAAAGAUUGCAGAAGUUGUCAGCAAAGAAAUGGCGCGAAAUUCUGUUGUUGUGUUUGAUGAGGCGCAUAACAUAGAUAACAUCUGUAUUGACAGCAUGAGUGUAAGAAUCUCAAGGAAACUGAUUGAUAGAUGUCAGACAUCUGUAGAGUCUUUAGAAGCGGAGUUGGAAAGGUUGAGGUUGGAUAACUCCAGUAAGCUUGAAGGAGAGUACAGAGCGCUGGUGGAGGGGUUGAGAGAGGCGCAGGCAAGACGAGAAACCGAACAGAUUCUAUCUAACCCUGCUCUUCCAGAACAUAUUCUUAACGAAGCAGUUCCAGGCUCAAUCAGAAAAGGAACACACUUCGUGAAAUUUCUCCGACGUCUGAUAGAGUACAUGAAAGUUCGGUUACGGGUUCAGCAUGUGGUUCAAGAGAGUCCUGCAGGAUUUCUGGCAGAUAUAAAUACUAAGGUGUGCAUUGACCGGAAACCGUUGAGGUUUGCCGCGGAGCGCCUUGCGUCUCUACUGCGUACACUGGAGAUAUCUCAUACCGCGGAUUUCUCUCCAAUUGUCGCAAUCGCGCAUUUUGCAACUCUAGUCGCUACAUAUACCAAAGGAUUCACUAUAAUCAUUGAGCCAAGUGAGGAUCGCGUAGUUGGAGCCCAGAACCCUGUGAUGCAUCUCUCAUGUUUGGAUGCAAGUAUUGCAAUCCGACCUAUACUAGAACGGUUCCAGAGCGUUGUAAUCACUAGUGGAACCCUCUCCCCCCUGGAUAUGUAUCCUAAGAUGCUGGACUUCCACCCUGUUAUCAUGGCCAGCUUCACCAUGACCCUCGCCAGGCAGUGUAUUCUACCUAUGAUAGUUUCAAAGGGAAACGACCAGGUGACUUUAACCUCCAAAUUCGAGGCUAGAGAUGAUACAGCUGUUAUAAGAAAUUACGGAGCUCUACUAGCAGAGGUUGUAUCUGUAGUACCUGAUGGUGUUGUAUGUUUCUUCACCUCCUACCUAUAUAUGGAAAAUGUUGUGGCAGCUUGGUAUGAACAGGAAGUUAUAGAACAGAUUCAGAAGCAUAAACUUCUCUUUAUUGAAACACAGGAUGCCGCGGAAACGAGUUUAGCUCUCAUUAACUACAUAAAGGCUUGUGAGAAUGGUCGAGGUGCUGUCCUCCUGUCUGUUGCACGUGGAAAAGUAAGCGAAGGGGUGGAUUUUGAUCAUCAUUUGGGUAGAGCUGUGCUUAUGUUUGGAAUCCCUUAUGUCUACACACAGUCAAGGAUACUCAAGGCUAGACUAGAAUAUCUCAGGGAUCAAUUCCAAAUCCGCGAAAACGAUUUCUUGACAUUUGAUGCUAUGCGGCAUGCUGCGCAGUGCCUGGGCCGAGUUUUGCGCGGGAAAACUGAUUAUGGAAUUAUGAUACUGGCGGACAAGAGAUUUAGUCGACAGGAUAAGAGAGGGAAACUUCCAAAAUGGAUUCAGGAGCACCUGAAGGACUCCAUGUGCAACCUGUCCACAGAGGAGGCAAUACAGAUCUGCAGAAAGUGGUUGAAGAUCAUGGCUCAGCCCUUCACUAGAGAGGAUCAGCUUGGGGUCAGCUUGCUCACAAUAGAACAACUACAAACUGAGGAAAUGCAGAAGAAGAUUAUGGAUAAGGUUCAGCAGGGCUGAAAUAAUCACGAAAAAGUACCAGAAAAUCCGCGAAAAAGUUCCAGUUAAUUUACGUUAAAAGUUCCAGUUAAUUCACGUAAAAAGUUCCAGUUAAUUCACGUAAAAAAUUCCAGUUAAUUCGCGUAAAAAAGUUAUAUUCACGAAAUGGGAUCGGAAAAUCCACAAACAUUUCUACUGUCAUCCUUUCACACCCAACUGAUAAUUCAUGCCAAUGUCAGAUCAUCUAAAAUAUUUUUAUUUUUGUUUAAUUUGUUUAUUCCGCAUGUGAUAACAUUUUUUAGAUUGUUUUAUUUUUCU